UAACCACUAUACAACAUUUGUGUGUGUGGUUCUGGGAUGGAACCCAGGACCUCACACAUGCCAGGCAAGUGCUCUACUGCUGAGUACAAUCUUAGCCCCUUACAACAUUCAGAAAGGUGUAAGGAUCCCAGUUACGCAGCAAGCUGAGGUGCAAAAGGAGGAUCACAAGCCAGUCUUACCAACUUAAUGAGUUAAUGAGACUCUGUUUCUAAAUAAAUAAAUAAAACAAAGAAAAGGGCUGGGGAUAUAACUCAGAGGCAGACCAUUUGUUUGGGAUGUACAAGGCCCUGGGUUCAGUGCCUGGUGCUGUAAAAAUUAAAAUUUAAGUAAAGGUGUAAUGACAAUAUGUGAUCCCUCCCACCUCUGUCCCUAGGGAAUCUACCAAUAGGGGUUUCUUUGUGUCCUUUGUUGAGCAACUUGCCUCUGGUCUUGACUUGAUGGUGUUUGUGUUUGUACUUGGGAUUUCAUGUAUAGACAAACUUUUAAUUCUUUUCUUUAAAAUUUUUUUUUUGUUGUUGUUGACGGACCUUUAUUUUAUUUAUUUAUAUGUGGUGCUGAGAAUUGAACCGAGUGCCUCACACCUGCUAGGCAAGUGCUGCACCACUGAGCCACCACCCCAGACCAAACUUUCAGUUCUUAUAGCUUCAAUUGUCAACCAGUCCUGAGAAUGUCUGCCAUGGCAGGGAGAUUGACCCCAGGAGACAAGCGACUGCUCUGAGUCCUGGGACAGGGCAAAGGCCUAGGGACUGGAAGUAGACAAGGCUCAAGUUUGACAGGGCUUUUCAGGGCUCGUGUUGUCUGUUCCUUCAGAGGUGUGAUAGGUGCAGGAGGGCACCCUUCCCUCUCUUAAGCUUCUGCAAGGUUUUGCUGUUAGGGAGUUGUCCUCUCCCAAGGCAGUGACUUUAGACAUGGGGUCUCUCAACUUCUGUUCUUUGAGGCCCUGAGGGCUGGCAUAUUAUUAAAAUCAUUGGUUGGAACUACCAUUUACUAAUUGUAUGGCCCCUUAAACUCCCUGAGCCUCAGUUUCCUUGUCUGUAAAAUGGGGAUAAAGAUGGUAGUAGGGUCAUAGGGCUGAGGUGAGGAAUAAUUCACAAAAGGCAUGUGAAAAAUGUUUUACUAGAGUCUGGUGUGUAGUAACACUCCAUUAGAUGAUAGUUGUCACUGUCACCAUUAUUAUUAACUUGUGCCAGCAAAGGCUGUGUAGAAGCAGCUGGUGGAGGAGGCAGAAAUGAUGUGGAAUUGUGGGAAGUCACGUGUGUGAGUCAUUAUCUUGGACUGGAGGGUCCAAGGCACAUGUGUGUCCUUAUCUCUUGAGUUUUCACGUAUGCUCAGUGCCCAGUGCCGUGCUCCUGAGCCUUAGACGGCAGACGCGUGGGAAGUGGGCCCCUCCCCCGGCCCUGCCACCCUCUUGCUUCUCCCUUGCUCUGUUCUGAAAAGAGAAGUACAAGUGAGUUCCCCCAAGGGGUCGGCCGCGCCCCUUCCUGUCCCCGCCCUGUUGCCCCAGGCCAGUGGAGUGGCAGCCCCAGAACCAGGACUGCUGGGGGGUCAGGUGGCCAGGUGGCUAGGACGCUGAGGACCACGAUUGAGGAUAGCCCCAGAGUUUUCCGCCUGCGCAGACAGGUGGCACCUCCCAAUUCCCUGUACCCCCUUCCUCUCUGGAGCCCCCAGGAUGGUGAGGUGGUUUCACCGAGACCUUAGCGGACUGGAUGCAGAGACCCUACUCAAGGGCCGAGGGGUCCAUGGGAGCUUCCUGGCUCGGCCUAGUCGCAAGAACCAGGGUGACUUCUCUCUCUCUGUCAGGGUGGGGGAUCAGGUGACCCAUAUUCGGAUCCAGAACUCAGGGGAUUUCUACGACCUGUACGGAGGGGAGAAGUUUGCAACGCUGACCGAGUUGGUGGAGUACUACACCCAUCAGCAGGGCGUCCUGCAGGACCGCGAUGGUACCAUCAUCCACCUCAAGUACCCACUUAACUGCUCCGACCCCACCAGUGAGAGGUGGUACCAUGGCCACAUGUCUGGAGGACAGGCAGAGGCACUGCUGCAGGCCAAGGGCGAACCCUGGACAUUUCUUGUGCGUGAGAGUCUCAGCCAGCCUGGUGAUUUUGUGCUGUCCGUGCUCAGCGACCAGCCCAAGGCCGGCCCGGGCUCCCCACUUAGGGUCACUCACAUCAAGGUCAUGUGUGAGGGUGGACGCUACACUGUGGGUGGCACAGAGACCUUUGACAGCCUAACAGACCUGGUGGAGCAUUUCAAAAAAACAGGAAUUGAGGAGGCCUCAGGAGCUUUCGUCUACCUGCGGCAGCCUUACUAUGCCACUCGGGUGAACGCGGCUGACAUUGAGAACCGGGUCUUGGAACUGAAUAAGAAGCAGGAGUCAGAGGACACAGCCAAGGCUGGCUUCUGGGAAGAGUUUGAGAGUUUACAGAAGCAGGAGGUGAAGAACUUGCACCAGCGGCUGGAAGGACAGCGGCCAGAGAACAAGAGCAAGAACCGAUAUAAGAACAUUCUCCCCUUUGACCACAGCCGAGUGAUCUUGCAGGGACGGGACAGUAACAUCCCUGGGUCAGACUACAUCAAUGCCAACUAUGUCAAGAAUCAGCUGCUAAGCCCCGAUGAGAACUCUAAGACCUACAUCGCCAGCCAGGGCUGUCUGGAGUCCACAGUCAAUGACUUCUGGCAGAUGGUAUGGCAGGAAAACACCCGCGUCAUCGUCAUGACCACUCGAGAGGUGGAGAAAGGCCGGAACAAAUGUGUCCCCUACUGGCCAGAGGUACGCACUCAGCGUGUCUAUGGACCCUACUCUGUGGUCAACUGUGGAGAGCAUGACACAACAGAAUACAAACUCCGUACUUUACAGGUCUCCCCACUGGACAAUGGGGACCUGGUUCGGGAGAUCUGGCACUACCAGUACCUGAGCUGGCCUGACCAUGGGGUCCCCAGUGAGCCUGGGGGUGUCCUCAGCUUCCUGGACCAGAUCAACCAGCGGCAGGAAAGUCUGCCUCAUGCAGGGCCCAUCAUUGUGCAUUGCAGCGCGGGCAUUGGUCGCACAGGCACCAUCAUUGUCAUCGACAUGCUCAUGGAGAGCAUCUCCACCAAGGGUCUGGACUGUGACAUUGAUAUCCAGAAGACAAUCCAGAUGGUUCGGGCGCAGCGCUCAGGCAUGGUGCAAACAGAGGCUCAGUACAAGUUCAUUUACGUGGCCAUUGCCCAGUUCAUUGAAACCACCAAGAAGAAGUUGGAAGUCAUUCAGUCCCAGAAGGGCCAGGAGUCAGAAUAUGGGAACAUUACCUACCCACCGGCCAUGAGGAGUGCCCAUGCCAAAGCUUCCCGGACUUCCUCCAAACACAAGGAGGAUGUGUAUGAGAACUUGCACAGUAAGAACAAGAAGGAGGAGAAAGUGAAGAAACAGCGGUCAGCAGACAAGGAGAAGAGCAAGGGUUCCCUCAAGAGGAAGUGAGCUGGGCACCAUCCAGAGGUGGCCAUGCCUCAGGCCUGAUCCCUACAGAUGACUGAACCCACUCAUGCCAGAACUUAGGACCCCUAUUCUAUCAUAAUUUAAAUGGCUGUGCCCCUAUCUCCCUCUCCCCUCACCCUGUAUAUAACUCAACAAGGCUCCAGGUAGAGCCAGGUUCUUCUAUUCUUGUAAAUAAACCUCUGAAUCACUA